GGAGGGAUCGCUCUUUUCUCCUGUCUCUCACUUUGGCUCUUUCUGCUCUCAUGUCCACUCUUCUCUCUGGCUGGCAGCGGGGGGAUAUAGUGUCCGCAACAAUGGAAAUUCAAUCAGGAAACAGACCACCGGUGCUGAGUGGAACUGGGUCCACCACCUCCACCUCCCUAUCCUCUUUCAGACCUCAGGCAGCCAAAGCUACCAGUGAAGCUGCCCGAGAGCUCCAGAAGACCGCUAAGAAGUUUGAGAAGUUUGACAUCUCGCUUGAGAACCUGAGAAUGAUGUUUGAGAAGCCACGGGCUCAGGAAGUGAAGCCUCACCAAGUCGCGCACCCGUCCCCGUCCAGACAAGCCUGGGUCGGACAGUCCAAUCGACUCUUCAAGCCCCCAAAGGACCUUCUGUCAUCAGCCGAGAGGAUGUCCUCUAAGCAGACCCCAGACCUCGAUCAAUCUGCUUGCGGCGCCGGCGGCAGUGGGGCGGGGGCUCCUGAGAAAGGCGUGAGUGGGAGGAGCGGCGCACAGGCGGGGGCGGCUGAGUCCAUCCCCCUGAGAGAGCGUCUGGCUAUGUACCAGGCGGCCGUCUCCAAGAGCGACGUGGCUGGCUCCUCCUCCAGCGGCGCGGUCAUGGAGGAAGCCGAGGCCUGCUCCCUGCCGGGGGGGCUAGCCAGCGUUAAGAAGCAAUUCGAGAGCCAGGAAAUCUCAUCUUCUCAGAGUACCGUCACGCAAUACCACUUCCAGCACCGAUCUGUGCAGGAAGUGUCUAGCACAUCUGAGGUGACAGUGAAGGGCAGCUCCAGAGAGAGUCUCUCAUCUGGACAGAUGGUGCCUCCUGUUCAGGAUGAAAAGUUCCACUAUGAUCAGAGUGCCCACCAAAGUAAUGUGGUCUCCAGUUAUGAAAAUCAUUUUGAUGGAAAAGUGAAGGUCGUCGGAGGUGAGGACAUACCGAAGAUAUCUACACAGGUUUUAAAGCAGCAAUUUGAAAAGCAUAUUGAGGAUGCAACACCAAGCAAGCAAAUUAAGAUUGAUCUUGAUUUCAACCAGUUUCAAUGGGCCCCGAGUCACAGUGUAUCAUCUAAAGUUUCCUCAAGCAAGACAUGUGAAACAUCGUCCAUGACUAGGAAGGUAGAAGAAGCUGUUGCUGCCUCUUCCUCAGCAUGUGCUUCCGUCACUUCCUAUGAGAGUAUGGAGCACUUGCCUCCCCCUCCCCCAGACUUGCUGCUGGUUCCACUAGAAAGUCAAGGGCAGGACAGUGAACAAGAACUAUUUGAGCAACUUUGCCAGGCUAGACAGUCUGUAAAUAAAGAGCAAUAUUCUAAGCAGAGGAACUUGUAUGAGCUGAAACGCCUCUACAAGCAUAUACACCCGGAGGUCCGGAAAAACCUGGAAAGGGAUUUUUUCAGUGACGUAACAGAGAUUGAGAAGACGCAGCUGGAGAGAGGAGAUGAAGUCACCGGAGAUGUUCAGCAAGCCAGAUAUGUUUUUGAGAACUCUGAGAGCAGUCCCAUCAAGUCAGUGAGCCCCGAACGAGAAUACCUUGAGUGGGAUGAGAUUCUUAAAGGGGAAGUGCAAUCUAUGCGCUGGAUGUUUGAAAACAAACCCCUAGAUUCAAUCAAAGAUGACACUCCAGAUGAAGACAGCAAGAAAAGCAUAGCUCAGCAGGAAAUCAUUGCAGGAAGUGAUGUGAAAUACACAACCUGGAUGUUCGAGACACAACCCAUUGAUGCUCUAGGCACAGAUACCCCAGAUUCAACUGAGCAAGCUAGCAAGUUAACAGAGUUAGCAAGAGGAGAUGUUCGCACGGCAACCUGGCUCUUUGAAACACAACCACUGGAUGCACUCAGUAAGAUAUAUCAGGAAGAAGAUCAAAGCACAGAGGUUAUUUGCACAAAAGAUAUAACUGGUGGAGAUGUAAAAACUGCCAGGUACUUGUUUGAAACCCAGCUCCUGGAUUCUCUGGGCCAUACUGAGACCAUUGAUGAGUCCCAUUUCCUACAGCUGAAGUCAGAAUUGGAAGAGAUCAAAGGAGACGUUAAAACAUCCACAAAACUGUUUGAGACUGAACCCCUGUGUGUCAUUCGAGGAGACUCUGGUCAAAUGCUGGAGAUCACAAAAGUCCGCCGUGAGGAAACCGAGAAAGGUGAUGUCAAGACAUCCCGUUGGCUCUUUGAAACUCAGCCUCUGGACAUGAUAAACAAAGACCCUGCCCAAGUGAAACUGAUUUGCGGGGUGUCAAUAGAGGACAACUCUCAAGGUGGUGUCAAUAGAGGCAGGUGGCUGUUUGAGACAAAGACCCUAGACUCUAUUAAAGAUGAAGAUUGGGAAAGUUCAAAGUUGGAAAAAGAAAAGAUUAUUGGAGCUGAUGUCCGAAAGCACUGUUGGACAUUUGAAACACAGCCUAUGGACAGUUUAAAAGACACUGCAAAUGCCAGACCAAUGUCUGUGGAAGAGGUUGUAGGGGGUGAUGUGCAAACAGCUAGACAUUUAUUUGAAACAGUGCCGAUGGAUGCUUUGAAGGAUAGUCCUGAAGUAGGUAAACUUAAAAAAGUAGUGACAUCUGAGGAGGAAAAGGGUGAUGUCAGACAUCAAAAGUGGGUUUUUGAAAGCCAACCGCUUGAAAACAUCAGAGAAGAAAAGAAAGAAAGCAUAAGAACUGUGAACCUACAAGAACUUGACAGAGGGGAUGUUUCAAAUUGCAAAGUAAUCUUUGAAACAAUGGAUUUAGGCAAAUGCGAUGACACUCAGAAAAUCCAAGUCGAGGGGGUCACAAGUGGCUCUGUAAAAUCAAACAAAGUUCGUUUUGAAUCUACACCAUUAUAUGCCAUGCAAGACAGUUAUGGUGCUUAUCAUGAGGUGAGAACUGUGCGGAGGGAGGAGAUUGUAAAGGGUGAUGUUCGAACCUGCAAAUGGAUGUUUGAAACACGUCCCAUUGAUCAGUUUGAUGAAAGUAUCAGCAAAUUACAGAUCAUUAAAGGUAUAUCAAAACAGGAAACAGAGUCAGGUGAUGUGAAAACAGCUAAAUGGCUUUUUGAGACACAGCCACUUGACUCUAUUAAAUAUUUCAGCAAUGUAGAAGAUGAGGCGACUGAGACGACGAAGUCAACAGAGACUGUGAAAGGUGAUGUCAAAACCUGUAGGUGGUUGUUUGAAACACAGCCAAUGGAUGCUCUUUAUGAAAAGGCUGAGGUAAAGGGUGACACUGAAACAGAGGCGAUUCAUAAAGGGGACGUCAAGACGUGCACUUGGCUGUUCGAGACGCAGUCACUUGACACUAUCAGAGAUGAGUCAGAAACGAUCCUAAGGACAUGCACCGUAGACCAGGAGGAUAUUCAUGGCAAAGAUGUGAGAAUGGCCCGGUUCCUUUUUGAGACAGAGAAUCUUGAGAACAUCAGAGGGGAUGACACUUCUGCUUUUAAAAGAGUUACUGAGAUUGAUAUUCAGUCUGGAGAUGUGUCCAGAAUGAAGUACAUAUUUGAAAACCAGUCCUCUGACAUAAUGACUUCAACUUCCAAAGAGACACUGAAAAAGCUGAAGACCAUUCAAGCAGAAGACAUUCAGAAAGGGAAUGUGGUUAACUGCACGUGGCUGUUUGAAAAUCAACCUAUAGAUGCUAUUAAUGAGGGUUCUGAAGAACAUACAGAAAACCGUAUUGUGACAGACAUACAAGGAGGUGAUGUUAACAAGGGACGUUUCAUUUUUGAGACUUUCUCCUUGGAUAAAAUUCAUGCAGAAUCAUCUGAUACAGAGAUAUCAAAAAUGGAGAAAAUAAUUUGUGAUGAGACAGAGAAAGGUGAUGUCAAAAACUACACCAUGAUGUUUGAAACUCAGCCUCUGUAUGCCAUCCGUGACAAAGAGGGCCAUUAUCAUGAGGUCACCACAGUCACAAAAGAGGAAAUGAUGAAGGGAGAUGUUGUUGGAGCUAGGUGGCUAUUUGAAACCAAACCCCUUGAUUCGAUAAGGGACACAGAUGAGGUCUAUGUCAUUAAAUCUGUCACACAGGAAGACAUUCAGAAAGGUGAUGUAAACUCAGCGAGAUGGAGAUUUGAAACCCAGUCACUCGAUAAAAUUUCAGAAGAAGCAAAGCUCUUGGUUAGAACUGUGGAUGAUGUUCAAGGAGGUGACGUUCAAACAAACAAACAACGUUUUGAGUCUGAGGAUUUAUCGCAAAAAUACAUCAGAACGGUCAGUGUCAGUGAAAUCCAUAAAGGUGACGUGAGAACGGCCACAUGGAUGUUUGAAACGCGCACAAUUGAUGAGAUACAUGGUGAAGCCUCUGAGUACGAAGAGAUGAAAAAGGUAACGAAAGAAGAGGUGCUAAAGGGAGAUGUUAAACAGUCGGUGUGGCUUUUUGAAAAGCAGCCCCUUGACAAGAUUAAAGAGGUGGAUGAAUCGAAUGUUGCCGUUUCUCGUGAAGAGAUUCCGCAAGCGGAUGUGAAGACAACGACGUGGCUUUUUGAAACAACCCCGUUUCACGAGUUUAACGAGAGCAGCAUGCAAAAGACUGAGAUAAUCGGUAAAAGCAUCCAAGAUACUCUGAAGGAGCUGUACUCCCAGAAAAUAGUCAAGUCACAAGGAAUACUCAUAGAAACAGAUGAAAUUGGCGAUGUCAGAAUGGCAAAGUACAACCUCAUGAACCAAGAAGCUCCAGAAAUUCAAAAGGAGGACAUAAUUAGAGGGGACCUCAAAAAUAUAAUGAUGAAUCUGCUAAACAGAAGGGAGACAACUGAGAAAACCGUUGUUAUAGAUAAGGAAGAGAGGGGUGACAUAAACACUAUAGUGCAACAGCUGUUCAACCAAGACACAGGAAUCAAUGUGGAAAGAGAAGAAAUUAUCCGGGGUGAUAUUCAGGAAGCAAUAAGCAACCUGAUGAAGGAGGAUGAGUCUGCCAAACGAGGUAUUCUGAUACAGGAAGACGAGAAGGGAGAUGUAAGGAUGACUAUAUACUCUCUUCUUAAUAAACAAGAGACUAGUGUUGGAAAAGAGGAUAUUAUCAAAGGAAAUGUUCGAGGUGCUAUCAACAUACUUCUGUCCAACCCGAACAAUCCGGAACAAUACAUGAAGAUAAAAGUGGGAGACACCGAAAAGGGAAAUGUGAACUUUUACUCCACGUGCAUAGAGUCUGGGGCCCUGGACUAUCUUAAAGAACUGCAAAGUGAGCCAGAUGAGAGAGGUAAGAUGGAGAAAGAGAAGAUCGUUGGAGGAGAUGUUGAAGGGACAAAACUUAUUUUGGAACAAAAUCAGUCACAGGUUGAACGAACUGUUGCAGAGGAUGAUAUUGUCCCGGGAGAUGUGCACAACACGGUCAAGGUUUUUAUGACCGAACCAGUGAUAUCACUAGAUAACAUCCAGAAAGAGGUCAUUGUGAAAGGGGACUUGAGAGCAGUCCUGGACUCUCUAACACAGGCUGUAAACCAGAAGAUGGUGGUUGAAAAAGAGGAAGUAGUCAAGGGUGACAUAAACAGCACUCUGAGAUCUCUGGAGGAGGCUCAAUACCAACUCAAAGAGAUUGAAAAAGCAGAAAUUGUCCCAGGUGACAUUAAAGGGACCCUGCAGAGCCUGGAAAAAUCUGCCAGCAGCAAAGUUGAGAUUGUCAUUGAGGAUUUAGUGCCUGGUGAUAUCAAAGGAACUUUAAAAUCACUGGAAGACGCUAAACAGGCUGUGAAAGAGGUAGAGAAAGAGGAAAUUGUUAAAGGCGAUAUUCAGAUGGCGAUGCAGAGCUUACGAGACGCUUCUAAUGAGAAGAAGGUCUACCAGCAACAAGUGAGUGUUCAGGGAGAUGUAAAAGGCACUAUACAACUGCUGUUAGAACCUCCAGCCCCAUGCAAAACACAGUGCAAAGCUAGCACCGAGGGAGACGUGAAGAUGUCUAUAAAGUCGCUAUACGACAUGCAGGAACAAAGUCAAAUGGAGAAAGAGGAGGCAAUCAAAGGAGAUGUCCAGGGCACAAUAAAAGGCCUAUUGAAAGGAAAGCAGCAGAAGUACCUGAGCAGUAGUAUUGAUGGUACUAAAGAAGCCAGCGUUUCAAUGAAAACCUCAUUGCCCCCUCAGCAGGAAGCCCACAAAUACUCAGUUGCGACUAAGCUUGAAAGCAAGACAGUGAAAGUCAAAAAUCUAUGCCAGGCAAAUGAAUUACGCAGCAGCUCAAACAAGCAUGCUGGAAUAAAGUCAGCGCAAGGCCAGUCCUUAACCAAGGAGGAUAAUGCUCUUAUUUCUCAGACUACAGUGAUGGAUAUGUCUCCUACUCCAGAAGAGAGAAAUAUUAAAGAACCAUCUUUAAAACCGAAGGUAGCAGUCCCUGGUCCUGGGAUUAUCAAGAAGAAAAAUGUGACAGAUCAAGUGACUAAUAACAUGGUUACAAAUGUAAACCAAUGUGUGUCACAAAGUAACGUUGCCACAAAGCACAGCAAAGGUGUGAAAACAGUGGUUCUGGAUACUGAUGAUUCAAGAACCUCAAGCACCUCAGGAAUGACACACUUAAACACAGUUAAAAAUGAAUCACAGACGAAGACCACCACUAAGCCUGUACAGGGUGUUAAAAUCAGUAGUCACGUGACAGGAAAUACAUCACAAGCUAACAUGACAAAAGCUGUGAGCACUGGCAAUCAGCUCACGCAGGAGGCAAUAGCAACAGGAGCGACAAAUGUAAUAAAAAAUACAUCACAGGGCACCACUGAUGCAAGACACCUCCAAGACACCAAAACUACGACACAGGUACAGACAAAAGCAGCAGAACACAAAACAAUUGUGCAAAAGCAUGAUAUUAAAACCUUGAAGACAGAGUUCCGCAACCUUGACAUGAAUCGAAAGGGUUUUGUUAAGCCAAUAAAGAAGGGCAAAGAAGAUAUCCAUAUGCCACCUCCACCUCUGCCAACGCCUCCAUUGUCAGAGUCUGAAUUCCCUCUUCCACCCCCACCUCCACCAGUGCUGGAAUCUGAGGGUAACAUGUUCUCUAUUCCACUUUCCUCUGUCUCAAAGCAGGAUUCUGACCUGCCCCCACCACCUCCACCACCGCCUGUGGAUCUAGAUCAUUUUCCACCACCACCACCUCCCCCCCCACCGCACAUAGCUGGACAAGAUUAUCUACCCCCACCACCAUCGCAGCAAGAGUUGGAUUCCAUGCCAGGAAAAUCACUCCGCUCUCCACUCACAAAGGCUCAACAAAUGCCUGUCAAACCCAUAAAGGCCCCUUCCUUAUAUAAGAUCCCAAAGCCUGAGGCACAUAAGCAGUUUGGGCAAGGGCCGAUCAACGUGGAGAAAAACCAAGUGACUCCUCCACCACCUUCAACCAAGAUAUUCCAGGUGCCCGCACAGCAGACCAUUAUAGCACCUGACCUGUCCACAUCCAGCCAAAAUAUAAAGGAAAUAAGGAAACAAGAGGAAGCAAUAAAAAUAGCUCCGACAGAUUCACUGAGAACUGCAUCACAAGAAGAAGACUCACCUGGUCCGGUGAAGAAAGUUUAUAAGCCUCAGAUAAAACUACCACCUCCACCUGUUGAACCGGUACCUGCGAGGCCUAAAACAUGUGUGAGGAAAUUCAAAACUCCACUGAUGAUUGCAGAGGAAAAGUAUCGCAAGCAGAGGGAGGAGAGUGAGAAGACCAGAGUUGGUACAGCUCCAGCUUCUCCAGCAAGUGAUGGGGAUGUGCAACCCUUUAUUCAGGCUGCAUCUGAAGCAUCUGCCACAGACAACACAGCUAAGGGAGAAGCAGUGAGCACUGAUACAACUAAGAAAGAAGCAGAAGCAAUAAUCGAUAAAAUUAUAUCAGACACAGUGUCACUCGGUGCGCUUGUGCAGGCACCAUCAAGGGGUUUAUCAGUCCAACCUUUAAUUCCUUCAAGGGGUCAGCCCUCUGCUAGAAAAAUUGCAUCAGCUGUUGACAAAGAACUUCAGAAUGUCGUGAAAGAAAGCAACAUUUCUAAACAGACUGUCGUGCAAGACUUCACUAAUCUUCAGAUGCGAACUUCAACUUCUCUGAAAACCGAUGAAAUGAAACAAACCGAUGUUUCCUUAAACCGGGAAGUGAGUAAAGUUCCUCUCCAACCAACAAAAAUCCCGAAAGUUACUCCAAAUUUCAAGGUUAAAACAGUGAAGAUUCCAAAAAUUGACAAGAUGGAAAAUCUGGAGACUGAGAAGAAAGAAUCUUCGGCAGAAGCUACUAAUAAGCAGCAGUUAAGUAAACAAGACAGAAAAGCUUUUUCUCAGAUGACUCGCGAAAUCACCAAAGUUACAGAAAGCUGUGUGCAGGAAAGCACAGAAAUCGUCAACGAAGCUGAGAAGCAUGUUGAGAAGGCUGCAGCUGUAAAGGACAGCAAGCUGGAAACACAAAUGCUGAAACCCAAGCAGAAAUUCAAGGAGAAAACUGUUGUUAUUCCUAAAGAGAAGAUGUCAUGUAUGAAGGGAAAUCAAGAAAAGGAGGUUAGAAAAAUGCAGAAGGCCAAAGCGCAGCACGGGGGACAUGAUCAAGUCAGUGAAGAAGUGAUCAUCACAGAAAGCAACGUUCAGCAAAGCUUCCAGCAACAAAGCACAGUUCAAGUUGAAAAACAAAUGGAGACCUCACAAAUGCAAAAAGAUGUUACCAGUAAGCCACAGAUUCAGGAUAAACCACAAAUUGAAAGUAGACACAUUGGUGUUAAGCUAACAGGAAAAACAUCACAAAAGGGUGAAAGUACAUCUUCGGUGGCCAAUCAGCAGGCCUCACAAAAAUGUGAAGAAAUACACAGGUUGCUUUCUCAAAUUGAUGUUUUACUUGAACCAUCUGGGAAAAUUGACUCUAAAGCAGUAAGGACUCUCCUCAUCAAAAUCCCUAGCUGGCUAAUAGAUCCAGCGGCAAAAAGGAGUUUAGAAGUCAGACCGGAUGAUAAUAUUGAGAAGCUGAAAGACAUCCUAGUCUACGUAAGAUCGGCUGCGCAAAUGAAAGUUUUGAAUUUAGGAGGAAGCAUCGCUGCCACGGAAAAGCCUGGAAGUGGACUGGCAUCUGAAAAGAUAGGUGUUGGUGGAGCAAUAUCGAAAAUAAGUAUUGGCUCGUCAAAAGUGGAGGCUCAUAACAAAGUAUUGGGAGAGGGAAGGACUUCUCACGAAAGCAUGAAGCAAAAGUUCAUUGACACAAAGAAAGCUGAUUCUAGAGGGACCUCACCCUUAAUCAGAAUGCGCUCACCAUCACCUACUUAUAUUACCAUAGAAUCUACACGGAGGGCUAGCUCUCCACAAAGAGUGGGCCCUUCACCUCCACCAAUGCACAGAUCGUGCACUCCCCCUGAACCACCACCACGGAUGUUUGACCCAACAACAUCUCAGAUCAACAGGGCCAGUCCUUCUCCAACAUUCAGCCGAUCAGACAAGCUGGCCAAGCUGAAGGACACCACUGCUAAGCUUUCGCAGGGGGCGUCUCCACCUCCUCUGUCACAACACGCGCAGAUAGCCGAGAAAAAAUCUGAAAUUGUAGAAUCGCCAUCAUCGUUCCAUCGUCAGAUCAAAAUUGAGACGCAUGUCGUGGAGACGUCAGAAGUCUCGGAGGCGACGCUAGAAACUGCAUCAGUGAAAGACAAGAAAGAAUUCUUUGAGGAGGCUCAGAAGGCUGAGGUGAACAGAAUGUAUGUACGCAAGGACCCUAUUGAAAUCCCAGAACGCUUAGGCCCAGACACAGAAGAGACAGAAGCCAAAGAAAAAGGAAAAGAGGAGGUCCCAUGGGUAAAUCUCUCUGGACUUGUCCACAAAUUUGAAUCACCAGAACAGAAGGUUUAUACAAGAAAAGAGCCUAUUCUAAUUGCAGAGAGACUAGGAAGUGACACUGAAGACGCUGAUCCUGAAGACGACCAAAAAGGAACUCAAGUGGAACCGGUUCCAACAUUCAACAUCAAGACCAUUAAAACUAUGUUUGAAAUGGGCGAGCAGAGUUCCUCCGUCAAGGAACAAAAGCAUAAACAUGAGAAGCCAGAGUCAGAGAUGCGUGAAAUCAUGACAGAUGGUUCAAAGCAGACAAACCCUUGGAGACAGCAGAAGGGCUCAUGGCAGACGUCUCCCCCGCCCAUCCAGAAGGAGGCAUUGCAGUCAGGAUUGACCGAACCAAUGGGGUUUUCCGGGAGUCAGUCAGUCAGCGAGACGUUCUCCAGCAUCGAUGAAUUUGGUAAUAAGAUAAGCGGGUCAAGAUGUGCCACGACAGUCUCCCAGCAUUCAGAACACAUCACGACCCGGUGUGCCCCUCCCACAUAUGCAGACGUAGUGAAGGGCAAGGUCCAAGGGCUAGAUGUCUUGACGGACAGCACCCCUGAAGAACUACUGAAGAACUUCCAAAAAACCUGGAAUGAAAGCGAGAGCGUCUUCAAGAGCCUGGGCUAUAACGUAACAGAACAGAAGACUUCACAGACAGUAUCCCGUCAGCAAGAGACGCUCAUGACUGAAAACUCGAGUUCCCGAGUCGGAGCUGUGCGCGGCCUGCCGGAAGAGGGUGUAUCCAAUGGAGUCACUGGUCGCAGACAAACAAAACUUCCAUAGGUCCUGCUUCUGCUGUUUCCACUGCAAUGCUAAGCUAAGCCUUGGCAACUAUGCCUCUCUCCAUGGACAUUUGUAUUGCAAGCCACAUUACAAACAAUUAUUCAAGUCCAAAGGCAACUAUGACGAAGGAUUUGGACAGAAGGCUCACAAGGAGCUGUGGAACUCCAAAAUGCAAAAG